AUGAUGAUAAGAUCUUUUCAUUCAUUUUCCUUUCAUUAAAUUUCCUACAUACCUCCUCAGAACUAACUUCGUCGAAAUAGUUGUCAUUGUUCCUAUUGUGCUACUUCAAAUAUAAAAUAAAUCACAUUACCUAAUUAACAAUAUGAAAUUGAAAUGCAUAGAAAAACUAGACUUGCUAAUUUACUUCUAGAUAAUUUAUAAAAUUCUCAUAAACAUUUGAGAUCCAAACACAAAUACAGAAAUUUUCAAAUCUUCACUCGUAAUAAAUAAUAAUUACUUCACAAUUCCAAUCAUUAAUCUCCAUCUCCAUCCUCAUAAGAUGAAAUCAAAAAUGAUUCUUAAGAUAAGAAAUAAUCCCCAAAAUAUUCCCACCAUGUAAAUUCCAAAUAAUCCAAUACCUACUUUUUAAAUCAUCUAAAAACAUAGAUGACAAGAAUAGAUAACAACUUAAAUUAAUUAAUUCAAACUAGUCGAUAAUAAAUUACUGAACCUGAUGAAAUAACUAUCACUUCUAAAAGAACCAAAUAAACUAUCAUUAAAACUAUUAAAACACAUCAAUCAUACAAAUCUGCAUAUAGUAUCUCUCUUAACAAAAGAUUUCUGCACCCAAACAAAAUGCAUACAAUACCUAUCAAUCUUUUCACUAGAACUUAAUAAACCUCAUCCAAACACGCCCUUAAUUGUAUUGAUUGA